AUGCUCUCAGCGUUGGCCGACCGCUUUUCUGUUACACGAUCACUCGAAAACCUUGUUACAGGUCGACGAAUGACAUGCACAUCUGCAGUCGCAGAUUCACCCAUAAAUUCGACAAAUCCCAAUCAUCGUAAAUCUAAAACUAAUACAAUCGAUAGUAAUUCUCCGCAAACAAAAUCUUGUCAAAACAUGAAGUGUAUUGUUUCACCUAAACCAUCUAUAAAUCCAACAACAAAACGUAUGACACCAGAUUAUUCGGAUAUGGAACGAAAUAAUAUUUAUGCUGAAACACCACCAAAACCUAAACCAAAUUCUUCAUCUUCAUCAUCGAUAUUACCACCAACACUUGUUAAUGGUACAAAUCAUUAUAUGCCUAUCGUUCAACAAAGACGAUCUGUGAAUACUACGAAUCGUAAUGAAAAUGUACGAAGUUUAAAUGGCACAUCAAGUUCAUCGGUAUCAUCGUUUUCAACAGCAACUUGCUCAUCACGAUCUACAACACCAUCGAAUUCAUAUCGUCAUGAUCCAACUUCGAUUAUGACACGUUCAGCUGAUGCAUCAUCAUCAUGUGGAUUAAUAACACAAACCAAAAACGGAACAAAUAAUAUUAAAUCAAAGUCAACAUAUGAUAUUGAUACAUCAACCAUUGAUCGAUCAAAACAACAAACAAAAGAUAAUUUGAAUAAUAAUAGUAAAUGCUUAAAUACGAUUGCAAAUGGAAAUUUCGUACCGUUACAAUCUGUCAAAGAAGAUGAAUGUCUUGAAGUUGAUAUUAAUUCAAACAAAGUACGUUCAAAAAAUGACGAUGAACAGCAACGUAUGUUGAUCGAUAUUCUCAAACAAAAAUAUCCACGACAACAUGGCUCGUCGUCGUCAGCUGUGUCUACACCGAUGAUGCCACGAACAAAUUCACCUCAUCAACGUUCAUCAUCAACUGACCCCAUUGAAGAUGAAUUAAUGUCAGCAACUAGAAAUGGCUUUACUCGAGGUCAACGCAUCCGUUCAAGUCUUCCAUUCAUUAUAAAACCUGCAACGAAUAAUUUAAAAUCAAGUUCACUGGGUCUCUGCUUUUUAAUUUGUGGAGACGAAACAAAAAAAGUUCUUUUACCAUCAUAUAUUUCAUGCAUCGAUACACUCAAAGCACUUUUUGUUCGAGCAUUUCCGCAACAUCUGACAAUGAAACAUAUGGACGCCGACGAUGUACGAUUAUAUAUACGUGAACCAGAUAAAGAUAUUUUUUAUCAAUUAGAAGAUAUGAGUGAUGUUAAAGAUCGUUCCGUCCUGAAAGUGGUUCAAUUGAAUAAUACCAACAACAACAAUUACAAUAACAAUAAUACUAAAGCGCAAGUUACAUUUAAGCAACCGGAGUCAGAUGACAUGUCUAUCUAUGUUCCAUUUACAUCGCGUCCUACACUUGCUAGUGAAAUAACUUAUCAAAGGCUAAGUCGUCUUGGUCGAAUGCCAUCAACGACGUCGAUUCCAUCCACAUCAUCAAGAAAUGGAUCAAUGGAGGAUAAAUCAAUAUCAUCUGCUUCAACAAAUCCACAAACAUCAUCGAUUACUUCGUCAUCUCGUUCUCUCAGUGAGCCAAGACGACGACUGGCCACUAAAGAAAUCGCAUCCAAUGCUAAUGAUCAAACAUCAUCCACAAAUGUGAAUUUAACAACUCCUAAGGCUACCACAUCAUCACCAAGAAGUGGUUCAACAACACCGACCACCACUCGCACAGGCGAUGACGACGCUCGUAGUAAAAUGGUUUGGAUGGAAAAACAAUUGGAAUCAUUAACUGAACUUGUUAAAGAACUAACUCGUGAACGAGCUUUGAAUGAACAACAAUCACCAAUGACACCACCAGUAACAAGAAUGGGAUUUCAUAAAGAUAUUAAUGGAAAAUCGUUACGACAACAAUUAUAUGAAUUAAAAGUCAAAACACAUGCCUUACGUAAUGAUCUAGUAUCCAUUAGACGUAUGCAACAGUCAUUACAAGAGAAUUUCAAAGUACAAUUAGAAGAUGCUAAUAAAAAAAUAGAAGAUUACAUUUUACGAUUAUAUCGAAUUGAAACUCGUUCAGAACAAUGUCGUACAGUUGAAAAUGAACUCGAUUUAUAUAUGAUAAAUAGUACAAAAAUUGACCGAGAUUUAGAAGAUUUAGAAGCAUCUGUUGAAGAAUUACAAAAUGAUGUCAAAUCUAAACAAUGUUAUGUAACAAUGAAUGAUGUUGAAAGUUUUGCUUUAGUUCUAAGUACAAUAAGCCGUUCAUUAGUCGACCUUAAAGCUUCGUUUCCAGUAUUACGUGAAAAAAUUUCUUCGCUUGGUCAACAAUCAUGUUUAAAUGAAGAUCAAAAAUUUCUACAAGAAGAGCCUGAACGUCUUGAUUAUACAAUAAAAAAAUGUAAACGUUUAACUACAAUGCUCUAUCAACUCAAACGAUUAGCUAUUAAUCAAGAACAAAAAUCUAUUUCGAUAAAAUCGCGCUGUCACUUUUCAUUCGGUUCAAAUGGUAAACCCACUGAUCGUAAACGUCUAUUAGAACAAAUUGAAUCUGUCACACAAAAUUCUGAUGGCAGACUAAAAGCUAUUGAGAAAGCAGAAAAAUUACGAGAACAUCGUUUACAUUAUGCAAAUCGAUUAGAUUUACUCAAACAAAUGAAAUACAAUUCUGAACAACAAAUGGAUGGACAAGAUACAGGACAAUAUUUUGAUACACGAAGUUUAACAAAUUCAAUACUACUCUCAUCAAGUACACGAACAAGUAUAUGCUCAACACAAUCAACAGCAGACUCAACAGCACUAUCAAAUAAUUGUCCAUCACCAUCGCUAUCGUUUAUUGUUCGUCAAGCAGUAAUCUCUCCAACGAAUCCAUCAUUAACAAUAAAUGAUGCAAAAACUCGUUCGCAAGCGUCAAUGAAACCUCCAUCAAAAGUAACAUUUUCUCAACAAUUAAUAACAAAUGGAAAAUCCUCAUCAAAUUCACGUGAUCAUUCAACUGAUUCCUAUUUAUCUACGAAUGGCAUUUGUGUGAAUAAAAAAAGCAAACCAACACCACCACCACGCGUACAAAGUACGUCAUCAUCUGCUGUUUCAAGUGCAACAUCUUGUUCAUCAUCUAGUUCAUCAACAUCAUCGAAUGGUAGCGGAAAUUCAUGUUCAACAAAUGGUUUUUGUGGUAUAAUACCACUUGUUAUUUCACCAGAUCGUCGUCAUAAUGGCCGAUGUAAUUCGUUUUCAUCUUCAAGUACAGAUACUGAUUCAGUUAUAUCAAAUCCUCGUGGAACAAUUCCACAUAAAUCAUCCACAAUUAUUAAUACAAAACCAAUAUUAGUAUCGAACGGUUUUCAUCAUAAAACAUCAACUAACUCAACAACAUUAAUGCGCGCUUCGGUCACUGAUCUGUAG